AUGUCUUCCAGCGAUGGCCUAGACGUGAUGGCAGCCGGGGCCUUCGCGGCCGUAAGCAGCGAGAUAGUGAUCCACCCCUUGGACACGAUGUUAACGCGCAUGCAAUCAGCCACAUACACCUCCGUCUACAAAACUGCAAACGGCUCAAUAAAGCCCACUCUUUUCAGAGGCUUGUAUCAAGGGUUCGGGCCAACUCUUCUGGCCGGCGUACCGGGUUCGACUGCAUUCUUCGGCACCUACGAAGCGUCCAAGGCUGGGCUGGAGAGGGCUCGCACCGCAGGCUAUUUACCAGCUGCUUUGCCGCAGUCCUUUGACCAUGUGGUGAGCAGUGCAUGUGCGGAAUUGGUCGCGGCUGCUAUUGCCAAUCCGGCGGAGGUGCUCAAGCAGAAUGCUCAGGUGGCCAAGGGCGCUGGGCGCGAUGUUUCGGUGCGGAUAUUGAAGCAGUUUUAUCGGAGGCCUUCGACGCUGUGGGCGGGCUAUACGGCGCUGGUCGCUAGCCACCUACCGGGCACUUGUCUGACUUUCGGUCUAUAUGAGUCUUUGAAAGAGGAGUUGCUUCGAAGGGCAGUUUGGAAAAUGGAUGAGGAUAUGAUCCGGCAGACCAAGGUCAGUGCUAUUAGUGCUGCCGCUGCAGGGGGUCUUUCCUCGCUGUUCUUUGUUCCUAUUGAUGUAGUGAGGACGAGGAUGAGACUUUCCGUAGGAGAGCAGGAUGGAACGAUCCGGCAGUUUGCGAUGAAUGUUCGCUUGGGUCCAGCUGGCUUGCUAUCAUCUUCAGUGCCGCCGCGCCACGGUACUCUUGCGGUCGCUCAGAGUAUCUUUCGCAAGGAAGGCAUUACGGUGCUUUUCCGUGGUUCGGGCUUGACUUGUCUGACGGCGGCCAUAGGGAAUGGUCUCUAUCUGGGGUGUUACGAGGGUGGAAAGCUGUACUUUGGCGGCUCUCGGCUGGACUGA